AUGGCGGUGGCACCGACCAGAGCUCCACGAGACCGCGUGGCGGGUCCGGCUCCGGCAGCAGCGCAGGCACCCCCCAGGGCAGGGCCGAGGUUCAGGCCCUCACAGCUUCGGGCUAGGGCCUCAGUACAGUUUCCAUGGCAGAGAUCUGUUUCACAUAACAAAGUGCCCUAUUAUAUCAAUCAUGAGACACAGACAACCUGUUGGGAUCAUCCUAAAAUGACUGAUCUCUUCCAGUCCUUAGCUGACUUGAACAACGUACGCUUCUCUGCCUACCGUACGGCCAUUAAAAUCCGAAGACUGCAGAAAGCUCUGUGCUUGGACCUAUUGGACCUGAACACAACAAGUGAAGUUUUCAAACAGCACAAGUUGAGUCAAAAUGACCAGCUGAUUGGUGUCCAGGAUGUGAUCAGCUGUCUCACUACCAUCUACAGUGGACUUGGAGAGAAACACAAAGAUAUGGUGAAUGUUCCUCUCUCUGUAGACAUGUGUCUUAACUGGCUGCUCAAUGUGUAUGAUAG